AUGUAUCAAGACGAUCAUAUUGGUUCGGAGCACUCGACUGCAACUACUAAUAUUUCACAUUUAUGUGGUCUACGUAUCUCCGAAAGACCACAGAAAACAAGAAAAACUGGUGUUAUUUGUACGAUUGGACCAGCGUGUAGCGAUGUAGAAACACUUCGAAAAAUGAUUAAUACUGGAAUGAACAUUGCCAGAUUGAACUUUUCACAUGGAAGUCAUGAGGCUCAUGCAGCAACCAUCAAAACAAUUCGUGAAGCUGCUGAAAAUGCUCCAUUCCCGGUUGCAAUCGCUUUGGACACGAAAGGACCAGAAAUCCGAACUGGAAUGUUUGCAAAUAAUGCAAAAGAAGUCCAAUUGAUAAAUGGAAAAAGUAUUCGAGUAUCUACUGAUCCUUCUAUGGAAUUCUCUGCAACUGCUUCUAAUAUAUAUGCUGACUACAAGAACUUGCCAAAAGUUGUCUCACCGGGAUCCAGAAUUUACAUUGAUGAUGGACUCAUCUCUUUGAUUGUGGAGACUUGCGAAGAGAAUGCAGUUAUCUGCACAAUUGAGAAUGGAGGAGCACUUGGAACAAGAAAAGGAGUCAAUCUGCCAGGAACUGUUGUUGAUCUACCAGCAGUUACAUCCAAGGAUAUUGAAGAUUUGACAUUUGGAGUUGAACAAGGUGUUGAUAUCAUUUUUGCAUCGUUCAUCAGAAACGCAGAAGGAAUUCACAAAAUCAGACAAGUCUUGGGAGAAAAAGGGAAACAUAUUUACAUCAUCGCCAAAAUAGAAUCAGAAGACGGAGUCAUCAAUGCCGAUGAGAUCAUCGAAGCAUCUGACGGUGUAAUGGUUGCUCGUGGAGAUCUUGGAAUCGAAAUUCCUCCAGAGAAAGUGUUUCUCGCUCAGAAAAUGCUCAUUGCCAAGUGUAAUUUGGCUGGAAAACCAGUGAUUUGUGCUACGCAAAUGCUGGAGAGUAUGAUCAGUAAGCCUCGUCCAACAAGAGCAGAAUGCAGUGAUGUGGCAAAUGCCGUUUUGGAUGGCGUCGAUUGUGUGAUGUUGAGUGGAGAAACAGCGAAAGGAGAUUACCCAGUGGAAGCAUUGGCAAUGAUGCACAAUAUCUGUAAAGAAGCUGAAUCCGCUUUCUUCCACCUGAAACAUUUCGAAGAGCUUAUUCUCCAUACCAAAAAACCGACUGGAAUGACUCAUACAACUGCAAUUGCAGCAGUUUCCGCAACUAUCACUUGUCGAGCUGUUGCUAUUAUUCUCAUCACUACAACUGGAAGAACUGCUCGUUUGUGUUCUCGUUAUCGUCCACCAGUCCCAAUUAUCACCGUUUCUCGCGAUGAACGAAUUUCUCGCCAGCUUCAUCUUCACCGAGGAAUUUUCCCAGUCUAUUAUCCAAAAGGACGUAUCGAUGAAUGGGACGUUGACGUUGAAGAACGUGUGCAAUACGGAGUGAAUCUUGGAAAGACACGUGGAUUCAUUCAUGCUGGUGACCCACUUAUCGUCAUUACUGGAUGGAAACAAGGAGCUGGAUUCACAAAUACAAUGAGAAUUGUCUUGGCUUCAUAA